AUCUUGUGUGGCGUGAUCAACGACCAACAAAACAAACCUUGAGGGAGGAGGGCAUCUCAAAAGUGUCCUUUUUGUAUUAUUGGUGACGCAUAUGUUACAGUCAGCACAGCCUGGCACGAUGCCCACUGCCCCGGACUCCCCCUCUCUUAGCGUGACUGUCAGUGGAAAUGUGCAGAAAUAUGGCAUCAAGAAGAAAAAAGUGUUAAAUGCAGAGGAGACUGAGCUGUUUGAACUCACCCAGGCUGCUGGGAUCAUCAUUGAUCAAGAGGUUUUCAAGAUCAUAGUGGAUCUGUUGAAGAUGAACGUCGCUCCUCUGGCAGUUUUUCAGACCCUAAAGACGAUGUUUGCGGGACAGAAGGUUUCUGAAACAUCCACUGGUGACACAGCCACAGCAUCCCACACCACUCCUGCACCUUCAGAGUCUAGAGGUGAGUGUCGCUAAUAGAUAAACCAAGUCAGACCAAUACUCUGAGUGACAUCAAAAAAGAAGCAGCAGCCUUAUCUCUGUCCAGCUAUUGUGUCUUACAAAAGAAAAACACAAACCCUUUGUCCUUUGUGUGCAAAGCUUUAGGGUUUUUAUUUGUAAGUUUUAAUUUGCAAUUACAAACAGAAGGGUGCCUCUUCUCACUGGAUUACUUCUUCAAUACCAAUUGAUUGUUCAUGUCUCAAACAUGCAGUCUAAAUCGUCCGGCUAUACAUCGGCUAUUAACUCAUCCUCUUUAGAUUUUCUUCAGAAUUUUCUCAAAAUGUGUGAGAGGAGUUUGACAUUCACUUUCGGAAUAAUUGCUACUUUUCCAUACUUCAGCAUUUAGGUCUUUGGAUGUUCUAUUUAAAAAAAAAAAAAAAGGCUCAAAAAGCUAUUAUACCUACAUAAAGAAUGCAGAAGGAUGAGUGCUGUUUAAAGCCCAAAGUAUGCUUCAGUCAGAUGUGAACGCUAGGCAUCUGCAUACAGGAUGCGUGAUUCAAAUUUCCUCAUCAGCAGAGUGCUCAUGCACUGAACGCAUGGGGCCAAUUUUUCUAACCGUACAUACUUGAAUGUGCAGUAGGCUUAUAUGCACCUGGAAUUAUUUGCAAGUAUUGGCCUUUAUAACGCUUCCGUGUUUGCACAGAGGAAGCUUCGCUUUGUAGCAACUUCCAAUGCAAUCUAUUUCAAUGGCAGUGCCCACUGAGUGGAAUUAUUAUGGUCUAUUUUAUGUACAAUUCAUCUCAAAUACUUCUACACAGAACUUCUUGUCCAUCCAAUCAUUACUCAUGGAUAAUGAAACAAAGAAAAAUGCUUUCAUGUUAUUUGAUGCAUUUUAUGAUUUUAAUGGAGAGUAUGUAUGUGAGAAGGCAGCAUUUCACAGAGGAUAAGUAUAUUCUUGCAUUCCUCUAAUAAAAAAAACAGUACAACAAGUGUACAUUUACACAUUUAAGAGCAUUAAAACAACACCAGUGUAUACAGUAUGUAUAAAAAAUAAUAAUAUUCAGAGUAAAGAUUUGUAACACGUUCAAGCUCGGAGAUGGAAGGGAGGAGAAGGAGAGCAGUGAUGCAGUUAAGUAAGGCUCUUUAUUAAUCUGCCUUCAACACUCUGCGUGCACUCUUCUCUGUGCGUUUCUCAGUUUAAUCAGAUCAGUGUAACACAAACGUUGUCAACAUAAACUUCUCUGAGUCUUCAGCUUCACAAUAACAUAAGACACGCCAGUCACUGGUCACGCGUGUCGUUCUUUCUCUCCCAUCUGGCGGUGACGUGGCCGUUUAUAUGCUGCUCUCCCCAUGCUCACUGGAAUUAGAGACAGGUGUUAAGUCAUAAUUUAGCUCAGAUGCAAACAUUACCACAUUCUCUCUCCGGAUCGGCUUGUGACCACGCUCCCCGCUGCCACAAGAUUGUACAGACUAUGAGCAAUGAUAAUGAUCACAUGGCUUUCAAGUACUUACUUUGUAAUAUAAUCUUCAGGUAUGUAAUUAGAUUCAUUUAAAAAUGUUCAAUAAAGAAACAAUGCCAUCCCAGUGUCCGAUUACAGAAAAUGUUCUGGUUUAAUCCUUGUAAACAUGGAGUUAUGACCUCACGGUUUGGGUACAAUGAUUUGGAAAACAUUCACAAGCGACCGAAUGCAAUGUAAAUACAAAAAUGCAGAUUAAAAUGUUACAGUGUGUACAACUGAAUUAUAUUUAAAAAAAAACCAAUGGGAUAUUAACAAUAUUCAAAACAAUUACAUUAAAACAACGUUUCUUCGGAUAUGAGUUGAGCACAAUAGGGAGUUACCUGAACAGUGUGAAGCUCCUUAUAAACCGGGAAAACAUUGCCCCGAUAUUUGCCUUGCUCAGAUCCUAUUAUACAUCA